CGUAAGCUUUAGAAAUUCGAAAACUCAAAAACUCCGAAAACCGAAAUUUACAAACACGGUAAUUUGCAAGAACGAACACUUAAAAAUUUCUAAACCCCUAAAUCCAGAAAUGAAGGAACCUAAAACCCCAAAAGUCCAAAAAUCGAAUCCAAAAAUUCACAAAAACCUAAUUUAAAAAUUUGGAAAUUUUCAUCACCUGUCCACGCAAGACAGGUCACUCAUUUUUAUCACCUUUUUGACGAGGUUGUCCUGUAAGGUUGCAUCAGAAACAAUAAAAACAAACCUGUAAUGAUACACAUUUCUGUGGCUUCCCCUUCUUAAGACAGCAGAAGGCUGCAGCUACUAAUCGUGGUCACUUCCGUUGAUAAAGAAAGAUGCUUGAGAAAAGGAACGUGACUAGUUCUUUUGCAGCAGUUAAUAUUUAACCGCGAGAUAAAACAGAUCCCUCAAAAAGUUCAUAAUUGUUCAAUGCGUAAUUCACAAUAAUCAAAUUGUGCUUUGUGAAUACUAUCGAAGUAAAAUAUCUGUGGCAUUUAAUGUGACUUUGUAUGUAAAUAAAAUAUCAUAAUAAUGCAAAAGCAGUGAUCCACCAUGCCGGAUUAUUUUCAAAUACUAAUCGCCAUCGUCGCGGUGCUCUUUUCUGUUUACCUCUACGUCUCCUACACCGCGAUAACCCAAUUCUGGAGAAAACUCAAUGUGCCUGGACCCAAACCUAACGUUGUCUUCGGAAACCUGAAAGGAUUUAUCACACAGAAGAAAUCGGUCAGCGACAUCAUAAAAGAAUUAUACGAAGCAUACAAACAUGAGCCAGUAUUUGGAAUAUUUCAAGCAAGAACACCUAUUUUAGUCAUUAAUGACUUAGAUCUGGCUAAGGACGUUCUCAUCAAGGAUUUCUCCUUGUUCGUCAAUCGUGGAAUACCUUAUUUUGAAAAGGUAGAACCCUUAGGACAGCACCUGUUCCUCUUAGAAGCCGAAAGAUGGCGACCACUCAGAGUGAACCUCUCCCCCGUCUUCACAAGCGGCAAACUAAAAGAAAUGUUCCCGCUCAUAGUAGACUGUUCAAAGCAUCUAGAAAAAUAUCUCGACACCGUCGCAAGCAAAGGAGAACCAAUAGAAUGUCGCGAAUUAGCAGCGAAAUUCACCACCGACGUAAUCGGCAACUGUGCCUUUGGAAUCGACAUGAACGCUCUCGAGGACGACGACAGCGAAUUCCGAAAAAUGGGCAGAAAAAUAUUUGUCCCUUCUUUUAAAACGACCAUGAGAAACCUUCUGAGACAAACGUCACCCAGCUUGUAUAAGAUCAUUGGUCAUAAACUUCAACCUGAAGGUGUCGACAACUUCUUCACGAAGGUGGUGGUCGACACUAUCAAGUAUAGGAAGAGCAAUAAUGUUUCUAGACCGGACUUUAUUAAUAUGCUUAUGGAACUUAAGGAACAUCCUGAGAAACUGCAUAAUGUUGACUUGACAGACUCUCUGCUCACCUCUCAAGCAUUUGUCUUCUUCGUGGCUGGAUUUGAAACCUCCUCAACAACUAUAUCACAUGCUUUAUACGAAUUAGCACUGAAUCAUGAGAUACAAGACAAACUAAGAGCAGAGAUUAAGGAAAGCGAUGAAAAGCAUGGUGAAACUUUAACGUAUGAUCGAGUUAAACAGAUGAAAUAUUUAGACAAAGUGUUCAAAGAAACGCUAAGAAAAUAUCCAGUAUUACCAAUGCUGAAUCGACAAGCUUUGGAGGACUACACGUUUAGAGAUAUAAAAGUUACGAUACCGAAGGGUACUCAAAUAUGGAUACCAGUUAUUGGGAUUCAGAGUGAUCCGAACAUUUAUCCGAAUCCUGAGACUUUUGAUCCGGAGAGGUUUGAGGAGGAGGCGGUUGCAGCUAGACAUCAGAUGACCUUUCUGCCUUUUGGUGACGGACCUAGAAAUUGCAUCGGUGCACGUUUCGCAGUUUUUCAAACCAAGGUUGGAAUCAUAACAGUCCUACGGAACUACAAAGUAGAUGUCUGCGAGAAAACCACGGUGCCUUACAAAGCUGACCCUAGAGCCUUCUUAUUAACGCUGCAAGGAGGAGUAAAUUUGAAAAUAGUAAAAGUGUGAUGUUAAUAAUUGUAUAUAAAUAAUUUUAAAGUUCUAUAUAAUAUUAAAGUUUUUAUUUCGAAUACACUUACACAUAUGAAAACUACUAGAUAUAAGUACAAGACGUAAUAUUAAAACCUUGU